AACUGUGUUUCCCAUCUACCUUGAUAAUUUAUCCAGGAAAAAAAACGUGCAUAAUUUGAUAAUCACCUAUUUAUUAACAUAAACAAUAACAAGGAAAGAAUGCUGCAUGUAAGGACAUCAGCCCCUCAGCAGGGUAUAAAAGGGGAUUUCUUCAGGGAGACUCCCACUUCCAAAUCUUCCAAUCCACCUUCUUGUAAACCCACCCAGAACCUCCACCUCUUAACACCAUGGUCAACUCCUGUUGUGGCUCUGUCUGCUCUGAGGAGGGCUGUGGCCAAGGCUGCUGCCAGCCCAGCUGCUGCCAGACCACCUGCUGCAGGACCACCUGCUGCCACCCCAGCUGUUGUGUGUCCAGCUGUUGCAGACCCAGCUGCUGCAGGCCUCAGUGCUGUCAGUCUGUGUGCUGCCAGCCCACCUGCUGUCGCCCAAGCUGCUGUGUGUCCAGCUGCUGCAGGCCCCAGUGCUGCAUCUCCAGCUGCUGCCGCCCCUGCUGUAGCAGUUCCAGCUGCUGUGGAUCUAGUUGCUGUCGGCCCAGCUGUUGCAUUUCUAGCUGCUGCAGGCCUUCCUGCUGCCGCCCUAGUUGUUGCCGCCCCAGCUGCUGCAGACCCUCUUGCUGCAUCUCCAGCUGCUGCCGCCCCAGCUGCUGUGUGUCCAGCUGCUGCAGGCCCCAGUGCUGCAUCUCCAGCUGCUGCCGCCCCUGCUGUAGCAGUUCCAGCUGCUGUGGAUCUAGUUGCUGUCGGCCCAGCUGUUGCAUUUCUAGCUGCUGCAGGCCUUCCUGCUGCCGCCCUAGUUGCUGCCGCCCCAGCUGCUGCAGACCCUCUUGCUGCAUCUCCAGCUGCUGCCGCCCCAGCUGCUGUGUGUCCAGCUGCUGCAGGCCCCAGUGCUGCAUCUCUAGCUGCUGCCGUCCCCCCUGUUGCCAGACCACCUGCUGCAGAACCACUUGCUGCUGCCCAGCAUGCUCUAGUGGUUCUUGCUGCUGAGCACUGUCACCCACAGUCUCCUGUUCUUCAUCAUCCACCUUUCCUGAUGUAGACCAUGUAUAAGCUGAACCCCAAGAGGCCAAUCAAAACCUCUGUUCCAAGUGAUACUGGCUUUGGCCUCCAAAUAUGCUU